CACCACAGGAUUAUCCUCAGGGUUAGGUAUACCCCACACUUAGAAUCGCGCUUCAUAGCUGGUGGCCUUCGGCCUGUAGUUUUUAGAAAGAACAACCCAUUCCAUACCGUUCUUUUUACCACAACCCAUUCCAUACCGUUCUUCUCACUACCCAGCAACACCUUAACCCUAAUAUAACAUGCAUUUCAAGCUCGGUCUCUCUGGUCUGGCGGCCCUGGCCCAGGUUAUCACUCUUGGAGCCUGCCACUACGUCCUCCAAUUUCCCAUCAGCGUUGGAUACACCGACUCGACCGAGGCCACGGCCCCGUGCGGGGGUUACUCGGCAACCAGCCGAACGACUGUGACGGACUGGCCGCUCGGAGGGCUGGCCAUCGCCGUCAUCACCACCCACUCGUCCGUCACCUGGGAGUACAAGGUGGCCCUGCUGAGCAGCCCGACCGUCUUCGUGAGCUUGACGCCCGUCCUCACCCAGACUGGCGUGGGCCACUUCUGCGAACCCGUAAUGCCGGGAUACUCGCCCUGGCUGAACCAGGACGCCAUCCUCCAGGUCAUCCAGCAUGCUCCUGAUGGGGCUUUGUACCAGUGUGAGGCAAUCAAGUUUGUUUCCGGGGCCGCAGCAACGCCCCCGGCGUCGUGUUACAACUCGUCCGUCAUCUCGGCGCACUGGUAAAUAGAGCAACAAGAUCCGGUUAGCCACUCUGGCAAAGUCGGGCGAGCCCCAAAUGCCGGAGCCAGCCGCCAGCCUGACUGGCGGGCGAGGGAGGAGGGGGGGUCUACAGAGAGGGUGGCAUCAUGGUUUGGAGUCACAUCGUGAUUGUCGUAGUGGGAGGGGGGUUGACAAAACGCGCUGCAGGUUGUAAGUAUGAUGUGUAUGGGUUAAUCACACACCCAUGCACCGAGCUCUGUCCCUGGGACUUGGGAAGUGAAAAAGAAGAAAAGAAAUAAGAGAAAGGUGAC